AUGGAGGAGAAAGCAGUGAAGUCGAGGUUCAGAAGGGUUUGUGUGUUCUGUGGAAGCAGUACCGGCAAGAGAAAUUGCUACAAAGAUGCUGCUCUUGAAUUGGGCAAAGAGCUGAAGGCGCUAUCUAAGCCUAGUUAUCUUGGGUUUUGGUUGAGUGAAGGUCUCAAGGAGAUUGGAUCUUGUUUAUGGCGGGGGCAGCCUUGGAUUAAUGGGCUUGAUUUCUCAGGAAGUCCAUCGUGGUGGAGGGCAUGUCUUAGGGAUCAUCCCCAAAACUCUAAUGUGCAAAGAGAUAGGUAUUCCCCAUUAUCAAAGAUAUGUAUUAUGCUUCAGUACUUUUCGUUUAUGAAGCAGAUAACUGGUGAAACUGUUGGUGAGGUACGACCCGUAGACAACAUGCACCAAAGGAAAGCUGAGAUGGCCCGCCAUUCUGACUGUUUUAUUGCCUUACCAGGUUUCUGUCUCACUCUCACUCCCACUCAUCCGGAUUAUCAAACAGAUUUUAAUCCUGUGGGUUUGCUGAAUGUAGAUGGGUAUUACAACUCCCUACUGACCUUCAUAGACAAGGCAGUGGAUGAUGAGUUUAUCAAGCCCUCUCAGCGCCACAUCAUCGUCUCGGCGCCAACCGCUGGGGAGCUUGUUCAUAAACUUGAGGAGUACGUCCCUGUGCAUGAUGGAGUAGUGGCCAAAGCAAGGUGGGAGGCUGAACAAGUGGAGCACAAUGCAGCGUUGCAGUCUGAAAUAGCGCGUUAG